AAAACCAAAGAGGGAGCGAGCGACGGCCCAAACCCUAAAUAGGCUGAGCUCCCUCCCACUCUGUUCUCGUCCGUCGCCGUUUCGCCUGAAGCUGAAGCUGAAGCUUUGCCCCGCCCGAGAUGAAGUUCAAUAUCGCGAACCCAACCACAGGGUGCCAGAAGAAGCUUGAAAUUGACGAUGAUCAGAAGCUCCGGGCUUUUUUCGACAAGAGGAUCUCACAGGAGGUCAGCGGAGAUUCCCUUGGAGAUGAAUUUAAGGGCUAUGUUUUCAAGAUCAUGGGAGGCUGUGACAAGCAAGGUUUCCCAAUGAAGCAGGGAGUGUUAACACCUGGCCGUGUUCGUCUCCUGCUCCACAGGGGUACACCUUGCUUUCGUGGAUAUGGUAGGAGAAAUGGAGAGAGGAGGAGGAAGUCUGUGCGUGGGUGCAUUGUGAGCCCAGAUCUUUCUGUUUUGAAUUUGGUUAUUGUGAAGAAAGGCGAGAAUGACCUUCCAGGGCUGACAGACACAGAGAAGCCAAGGAUGAGGGGCCCAAAGAGGGCAUCAAAAAUUCGCAAACUCUUCAACCUCUCCAAGGAGGAUGAUGUUCGCAAGUAUGUCAAUACAUACCGGCGAUCAUUUACAACAAAAACUGGGAAAAAAGUGAGCAAAGCUCCUAAGAUUCAGAGAUUGGUUACUCCAUUGACUCUGCAGAGGAAACGAGCUAGAAUUGCCGAGAAAAAGAAGAGAAUUGCCAAGGCCAAGGCUGAUGCUGCCGAGUACCAGAAACUCCUUGCUUCCAGAAUGAAGGAACAGAGAGAGAAGCGAAGCGAAAGCUUAGCUAAGAAGAGGUCCAGGCUCUCUGCUGCUUCAAAGCCAUCUGUUGCAGCAGCUUAGCUUAUUAGGUGCGAGCUCUCAAAAAAACUGCACUCAUACAUAACUCCCAACAAUUGCCUUACCAUGUCGUCCAAAAGUCCAUUUCAAGAAUGUUGAUGGUUCUUUGGAGUUUCCUUUUUCAUGCUUGAAAUGUUUGCGGAUCUGGGUGUUCUUUUUCAAUUUGUUUUAAUUGGUACUUUUGUUUUUUUUA